AUGACAGAUCUAUUAAACUACCCUAGCCAAACUCGAAAUAUAGCACUAGCCGGUCAUUUGCAUCAUGGCAAGACAGCCUUUAUGGAUACAUUGGUUAUGGAGACGCACGAUCUGUCGGAAAAGCUUGAUAAACGAACUGGCAAAGCCAAGGAUGAACAGCUGAGAUACACAGAUGUGCACUUUCUAGAGAGAGAGCGUGGACUGUCGAUAAAAUCAGCACCAAUGAGCUUUGUUCUACAAGGUACGAAAGGGAAAUCUCAUUUUUUUAACAUAAUAGAUACCCCCGGGCAUGUCAAUUUCGUGGACGAAGUUGCUGCAUCAUUGCGACUCGUAGACGGAGUGGUGCUUGUUGUGGAUGUGGUUGAAGGUGUCCAGAUCAACACAGAGCAAAUCAUCAAGCACGCCGUAUUAGAAGAUUUGCCACUCACUCUAAUUGUUAACAAGCUGGACCGACUUAUACUGGAGUUGAAACUACCGCCAACAGAUGCCUACUUUAAGUUGAAACAUGUGGUUGAGGAGGUAAACACUGUCAUCGAGAGAACGAUACCUGGGCAAGGAGAAAAGAGACGGCUAAGCCCCGAAAAGGGCAACGUUGCAUUUGCAUGUGCCUCGAUGAACUGGUGUUUUACUCUCCAGUCGUUCGCAAAAAUGUAUGCGGACACGUAUGCGAAAGUUGAUCUCUCCGGGUUUGCUAUAAGACUAUGGGGUGAUAUAUUCUUCAAUCCCCGCAGCCGCAAGUUCACGCGCAAGGGAAUGGAAGAACAAUCGAAGCGAUCAUUUGUCCAUUUCAUCCUUGAACCUAUCUACAAGCUUUACUCCCAUACCAUCAGCGAGAGCCCCGAAGACCUGAAAGAUACACUGGCAACUCUUGGGAUCAACUUGAAACCAUCCCAGCUAAAAUCUGACGCAAAGGUACUUUUAAAACUUGUUUGCGCCCAGUUCUUUGGUCCUGUUACUGGGUUUGUCGAUAUGGUCGUUCAGCACAUCCCUUCUCCUGUCGACGGGGCUAGCAAAAAACUGGAUAAGUACUAUACUGGGCCACGAGAUACAAAAGUUGCUGCUGCCAUGGAAGCCUGUGAUCAAGAUGGCCCAUUGGUUGUGCACGUUACUAAGUUGUAUGGAACACCAGAUGCUGCUGGGUUCAAUGCCUUUGGGCGGAUCAUGAGCGGAACUGCAAGGGCGGGCCAGCAGGUGAGAGUACUAGGAGAAGGGUAUACAGUGGAUGACAAUGAGGAUAUGGUUGUUGCAACUAUUUCUGACACAUUCAUUGCUGAGUCUCGCUACAAUAUUCCUACCAGUGGUGUCCCGGCGGGUAACUGGGUGCUCCUCAGCGGAGUAGACAACUCCAUCAUCAAAACUGCGACUCUUGUUCCUUUGAAACUUGAAGACGACGAGGAAGCGUAUAUCUUUAAGCCUAUCAAGCAUAUGACAGAGUCUGUUUUUAAGGUGGCUGUUGAGCCCAUCAAUCCAUCAGAGCUACCUAAGAUGCUCGAGGGGCUUCGGAAAGUUAACAAGAGCUAUCCUCUGAUAUCUACAAGAGUUGAGGAAUCAGGUGAACAUAUUGUCCUGGGAACUGGGGAGCUCUAUAUGGAUUGCGUUCUUCACGACCUCCGUCGACUAUACGCGGAGAUGGAACUUAAGGUAUCUGACCCAGUUACACGGUUUUGUGAAACCGUUGUUGAGACCUCUGCUAUCAUGUGCUAUUCCGUCACAGCCAAUACCAAGAACAAAAUCACAAUGAUUGCAGAACCUCUCGAUGACGGUAUCAGUGAAGAUAUCGAGAGUGGCCGUGUCAACAUUCAUGAUCCAAUUCGAAAAGUCGGGCAAUUUUUUGAAGAAAAAUAUGAUUGGGAUAAACUAGCAGCAAGGAGUAUCUGGGCUUUUGGCCCCGAUGAUAUGGGACCAAAUAUUCUUCAAGACGACACAUUACCUUCCAAGGUAGACAAGAAGCUACUUGGGUCAGUAAGGGACUUUAUUCGCCAGGCUUUUAGCUGGGGAACGAGGGAAGGCCCAUUAUGUGAAGAACCCAUUCGAAACACCAAGUUUCGUCUCACAGAUAUCCAACUAGCCGACCAAGCUUUUUCUCGAGGUGGUGGGCAGAUCAUCCCGGCCACUCGUCGCGUCAUCUAUUCCUCAUUCCUCAUGGCCUCUCCCCGAUUGAUGGAACCCAUUUAUACCUGUGCCAUGACGGGUCCUCCAGACUCUGUUGCCGCUAUAUACACUGUUCUCUCUCGUCGACGUGGACACGUAUUAUCAGAUGGUCCUAUUGCAGGAACUCCUCUAUAUUCUGUUCGGGGGCUUAUUCCUGUCAUUGACUCUUUCGGUUUUGAGACUGAUCUCAGAAUCCAUACGCAGGGUCAAGCAACUGUCAGUUUAGUAUUUGACAAAUGGAGUGUUGUACCGGGAGACCCACUGGACAGAGACAUCAAACUCAGGCCGCUGGAGAUGGCAAGUCCCAUGGCAACUGCAAGAGACUUUGUUCUCAAAACUCGCCGAAGGAAGGGUCUUGCAGAAGAUAUCACCGUUAGCAAGUUUUUGGAACCGGAGCUUUGGAAAGGUUUGAAGGAGAGCGGUAUCCUCGGCGAAACAUGA